UGCCGCCCGACGAGCGCGAUCCACUUUCACGUCACUUCGAGAACCGAGCGAAACCUUCAGCACGCGGGCAAACUGCUGUGAAAUCCCGAUCUCUAGGCAGAGACAGAAGGCAGAUUUAACUAAACAAGGCAGAAUGCAUUACCCCCAUGAAACAGCAGCCUGGCGGUGCGACGCCUGUCGGAAAACACCUGCAAGUUUCAUCCAGCUUUCCGAUAACGCAUGUCUCCACAAUUGCCUCUGUAAUUAAGCCAAUCUGAGCAAAUAUAUCCCAAAGGUCCUCGUCAAACGUCCCGAAAGGCAGUUAGAACAACUUCACCCCCUUUCCCGUCAUUUUUUCUGUCAAUAUUCACGGCAUCUUUUGCCAAAGCUGGUUUGCAUACUCUCUCUACGGUGGGUGCAGUAUCACCAGCAGCAGCAGCAUCAUCACCAGUUUCGCCUUAGCAACGAGAGGGUUGACCCGCCGGGAUUGACGGGACUCGUCCUCCAAUGGCGUUCGCUCAUUUGGUCAGUUGGCGCACGCGCGGACCAAUAGGAAUCGCCGUAUUGUUCCUGGAUCUCGGGGUGAGAGUUGACUGAAACAUGUGGUUAGACAUGGCUGCGCCCUGCUGGCACUGAGGACCGUGACUGUUGAACACGGGUCGGAAUAGUUUAGCGCUUAUUUGAAAGCUCUUUCGCCGGUGAGUAGCAAUCAUGCGAUGCAUAAAACAGUCACCACGUGCAAAUGAAGUUAGCAAUAAACAGAUAGGAUUGCGACUGUGCGUGACAUUGAGCUAACACAGAGGUACAUCAACACAGAGAUCAACAUGACAGACAACGGGAUGUUUGUGAAAGAGACAGACAUCCAGACAUCAUCCAGAGCGAUGGUUAUUAAAAUUCUGAAUAAGAAGUUUGAAAAACUCUCUAAUACAGACAGAAACCUCUUUUCAUACGGCCACAUCUAUAUAUCUGGCAACGCGGGGUUUGCUGGCUUGAUUGCCAACAGCUUUUACAGACGAGCACUCAAUAUCACCCAAGGACGAUUUACUUCCAGCCUUCCCAUGGCCGUUCUUCCCUUUCUGACAACUGCAGCGUUUCACACUGCGUUCGUAACAUACCCUUUAAUGUCAGGUGACCUGAACUGCCAAAGCUGUGUCCUGAUAAGAGGGGCUUUGGUUGGUGUAGUUGGUGGUGGCAUAUAUCCUAUUUUGUUGGCCUUACCUGUCAAUGCUGGUCUUGCAGCCAGGUAUAACAGUGCACCAAUGCCAGAGAAGGGGAACAUGAUACGCUUUUGGACAAACAUCAGCAAACCCAUUGUAAAGAAGAUGUAUGCUGUUUUGUUGCUGCAGAGUUUAUUUGGAGCCUACUUGAGCUCUAAGCAGUUUGGUAUCUACCUAAAAAUGCUGAAAAUGUCCGAUUCUGAAACUGAAGAGCUUCAUGGUUAACCAGUUGUUUUAUAUUUAUUUUGAUAUUGUAAUUUUUUUUUUUAAAACAAGCGAAACGUGCUUUCCCAGUGCCUAACCUAGUCUCAUCAGAUCUGUUCUUGGUUUUGAUGUCUGAUCAAUAAACAACAUUCACUAUA